UUCCAAAACAAGGCCAUGGCCGAGCACGAACAAGUCAAACCCUUAGCCCCAGCCACCUUCCAAGCUCGAAGCGAUGACCGCGAAGUGUUGUCUACGCAAUCGAAUCGUAGAAAGAAAAUAUAUAUCCAGUGUUGCGGUUGCAUGGCCGCGCUUUCAUUAAUUCUAGCGGUCGUAAUUAUAGUCCUGUUCUUCACAGUUUUUCAUAUACAUGAUCCCAGGAUCAAGAUGAAUUCGGUAACAAUCCAGCGGCUGGAGCUUGUAAACGGGACACUCAGGCCUGAUGUGAACGUUACACUUUUAGCCGACGUUUCAUUCAAGAACCGGAAUGUAGCGACCUUCAAGUUCAACAACAGCACCACGUUGGUGUAUUACGGAGGGACGGUGAUCGGCGAGGCGGUUCAUCUCCGAGGCGAGGCCAAGGCUCGGCGUACACUGAGGAGGAAUGUGACGGUGGAAUUGGUUCCUGAGAAAAUCAUGGGUGUUCCGAGCUUUAUGAGUGAUGUUAAUUCAGGGGCGUUGAACAUAAGCAGCUAUAGUUGGAUUUCGGGUCGGGUCAAAAUCAUGAAAAUUAUAAAGAAAAACGUUGUGGUUCGAUUAAAUUGUACCAUGACUUUUAGAAUCUCCAGAGGAGAGUUUGUUGGAGAGACUUGCAGGCCCGAACUUGAUUUCUAAACUAGCUUUUUUUUU